AUGGAUGAGAAAGAAAAAGGAGAACGAUGGAGCGGAGCGAUGACGAAUCUAUCAGAGAUGAGUUCCAAUCUCGAAUCUCUCCAGAAGGUUCUCCUCACAAAAGCCGUUUUCGUCGACGACGACACCUUCGCCAAAGCUUCUCUCGCCGCCGAUCAAGCCCGCACAAUUAAGCUCCUCGAUCAACGAGUUCACACACUGGAAAGAGAACUCGACGCCGCCAUCACCGCCGCCGCUCGCGCUCGUUCCGAAAAACGACAAGCUGAAGCGUCGCAGAAGGCCGCUGAAUUACGCGCUCAUGAAGUCACCAAAGAGCUCGAAAACACUACGAAGGUGUUUGAGCUGCAUAUGGAAGAACUGCGUGCAAAGCAAGAAGAAAUCGCAAAGCGCAAUAAAGACAUCAAACUUUUGGAAGCUAUUAUUCAAACACUUGGAGGAAAAGCAUAA